AUGGAGGAGUAUGCUUAUCUUUUGGGUAUACCAGUUUCUGAUAGGGUUCCUUUUUGUGGUUUGGAAGGGAUUCUGGAGUCUCAAGUUAUUACUGAAGCUAUUCACCUGAAGAAAUUUGACGUAGAUGCUAACCUCACUGUCAAAGGAGGUAUUAUAGGGUUGACUUCAAAGUUUCUGAUGGAGAAAGAUUUUUCUUUUGCUAAUGUUGGUAGCAUAUUGGCCUUUGAAACUAUUCUUGCCUUACUCAUCUAUGGUUUGGUCUUGUUUCCAGACAUUGAAAAUUUUGUCGAUGUUAUUGCUAUUAGGGUCUUUUUGGUUGGGAAUCCUACUCCAUGCUUGUUUCCUAUCUUCAAAGAAAACAAGGGUUGUUUAAGGUGGUCUCAAAGAUUUAUGUAUCUCACCAAUGAUAACAUCACUCGGUAUUCUUCUAUUUACGAUGAUGUCAAGAUUAUUGGUAGUUGUGGUGAGUUCACUAAUGUGCCUCUUCUUGGUACACAAUGUGGAAUCAACUACAAUUCGGCUUUAGCAAGGCGUCAAGUUGGAUUUGUCAUGAGGGACAAACCUAAUAAUAAUUUGUUAGAAGGCUUAUUUUUCCAAGAAGGGAAAGAUACUCAAGGAUUAAAGACUAGGAUGAUGCAUGAUUGGCACAAUAUUCAUAGGAAAGAAAAAAGUGAGAUUGGAUUGAAGAAUUGUGUAGCUUUGGAGCCUUACACUAGUUAG